CAAGUUCCGUGCGGUAUCUACAAAGCCGAGUCUAGUCCUAAUAAUUGUUUUUUUUUUCGGUGAAUUUCAUCUGACACGAUACUUAUAUAUAUUAUAGCAUCUCUCCCGUUUCAUUUCACUUUCUUGGUUUAAAUUUAUUAUUAUCUUUAUCACUCUUUAUCAUGUCUACUGCUAAUCCACUCCAAAUUGUUGACAUAUCUGAAGUCAACAAGGCCACCGCAGAUGAACUCCUCAAUGCAGCCACAACCCAAGGGUUUCUCUUUGUUGAAGGUCAUGAUUUCACCCAAGAAGAAGUAGAUCUUCUUUUCUUGCUUUCCAAACAAUUCUUUGAAUUGCCCCUUGAGUACAAGAAGAAAUACCCAAUCAAUAAGAAUAACCAUGGAUAUAGUCACAUGGGAGAAGAGGUUUUAGAUACUUCUGAUAAAUCAAAGGGAGGGGACCCAAAGGAAGCUCUUAACUUUUGUUGUUUGAACUUUGAAACUGGAUUGCCCUCUGAAGUCAUUCCAGAUUGGUUCUUGGAAGAUCCAGUUCGUCUUGAAAAGAUGAAGAUUGCUAGCAAGAAACUUUAUGAACUUUCAGUUAAGAUCUUGAGAAUUUUGGCUAUUGGUUUACAAAUUGAAGAUACUGAAGAAUGUAAAGGUGAAGAUUGGUUUGCUUCAAGAUAUCAUCCUACUAAGCAAUCUGGAACCACUUUUAGAUUUUUACAUUAUCCAGGACAAAAGACUUUAAAUCCAGAAGCAGUCAUUAGAGCCGGUGCUCACACCGAUUAUGGCUCUAUGACUUUACUUUUCCAACAAGAAAACCAAGAAGGGUUGGAAAUAUACUCCCCUGUUUCCAAAGGUUGGGAACCAGUACCAUUUGUUGGUGCCAACACAGACAAGUUCAAGGGACUGGCUCCUCCUAUUGUGGUGAACAUUGCUGAUCAAUUGAGUUACUGGACUGGUGGCUUAUUAAAGUCUACUAUUCAUAGAGUAAAAUUCCCACCAAAGGUUCAGGAAACCGGUCAACCACGUUACUCUAUCGUCUUUUUCAGUCAUCCUAAUGAUGAAACUUUGCUUGAACCGGUUCCUUCUCCAAUAGUUAGAAAUAUCAAGGGAAGAGGUGCAAACAAUGAUGAAGGAAAAUUGGUUACAGCUAAGCAACAUUUAGAUAAGAGAUUGGCUGCAACUUACGGCUGGAGUUAUUAGAAUGCCCCGCUAAGCUACGAAUGAACUGU